AUGCCAAUGGAUAUGCUCGCUAAAAGGUCUAACUACACGCUCCUGAGCCAGGUCCCCGACGACCAAUGCGACCCCGUGACCGGAGCUCAGACGACAUCGUUGUACGAGUCGUUUUCCGGAGAGGACAACAACAUCAACAAGGGGAAGGUGGACAGGGGGUUUGAUUGGGAUGCUGUUGGUGAUCACAGGAGAAAUCGGAUCGGGAACGUCCACUCCUCGUCGUCGAUCGGGCCGCAGAGGCAGUCGAGCGGCAGCAGCUUUGGGGAGAGCUCGCUCUCCGGGGAGUACUUCGCGCCUACGCCGUCUACGGAGGCGGUGAACAAUAUCGACGGCGUCGGUAACUUACACGACGUCGUGUUGUUCAGGGUGGGCGGCGCAGGGAAGUUGAUAGCGAAGGCGUCGGGGAACACGGGAGGGGAGUCGUCCUCCGGGAAGAGCUGGGCGCUGCAGACGGAGGAGAGUUACCAAUUGCAGCUAGCUCUGGCACUGAGGCUUCCAUCGGAAGCGACUUGUGUUGAGGAUCCUAAUUUCUUGGAUCUUGUGCCGGACGAAUCCGCCCCAAGGACAAGUUCGGCCGAGGUGAUGUCUCAUCGAUUCUGGGUGAAUGGCUGCCUGUCAUACUUUGACAAAGUCCCUGAUGGGUUUUAUCUGAUUCACGGGAUGGAUCCAUAUGCAUGGGCCAUUUGCCCUGAUCUUCAAGAGAGUGGCCGUAUUCCAUCAAUUGAAUCUGUAAGGUCUGUUCGCUCAGCCUCUGAUUCAUCAAUUGAAGUGGUUUUGAUUGAUCAGCGUACUGAUACAAGCCUAAAGGAACUCCAAGAUAGGGUCCUCAGCAUUUCUAGUAGCUGCAUAACCACAAAAGAGGUUGUCAAUCAGCUUGCAAAGCUUGUCUGCAACCUCAUGGGGGGUUCAGCUUCCAUGGGAGAAAAUGACUUUGUUCCCAUCUGGAAAGAGUGCAGUGAUGACCUGAAAGACAGCUUAGGAUCCGUUGUGGUUCCAAUAGGUAGCCUAUCUGUCGGCCUCUGUAGACAUCAUGCUAUAUUGUUUAAAGUAAGACCUGACACAAUUGAUCUACCAUGUCGAAUAGCCAAGGGCUGUAAAUAUUGCACGAGGGAUGAUGCUCCCUCUUGUCUUGUCCGGUUUGGGCUCUACAGGGAAUAUCUGCUUGAGUUGAUUGGGAAGCCAGGUUACUUAUGCGAGCCUGAUUCCUUGCUGAAUGGUCCUUCUUCCAUCUCAAUUUCUUCCCCAUUGCGCUUUUCACGACUUAAAGCAGUUGAACCUACCAUUGAUUUCAGGUCACUGGCCAAGCAGUAUUUCUCUUACUGCCAAUUACUUAAUAUCACAUUUCAUGAUGCAUCUACAGAUCCUGGGCCUAAGCAGCAGCAUGAUAUUAAGUGCAGAGACAAAAACCACAGUAUGCUAAUACCGAGUGAUGAUGAUGAAACUUCUUGCUUAGCUCUGCACUCUGCUCAGCUAAGUGCCCAUGAUCGAGAUUCUGAAUUGUUCAAAUCUUGUAAUCCUGCUCAGAAUAUUACAAACUUGACUACCAUGGUCAAAGAUACAACGCCUCUUAACUCUAUUCUUCCUAUUGGACAUAAAGAUGUUCAACCACUUUUUGUUUUGUCUAAUCCAAGAGUAGAUGCUGUGAAGGAUUCAAGGUUCAGUGAGGGAGGUCAGCUGGUUCCUGGUAAAUCACGUGUUGGGCCUUCUCUUGAUAUAGAGUAUUUUGACAUACAAUGGAGUGAUCUUGUUCUAAAAGAGAGAAUUGGAGCAGGUUCGUUUGGAACUGUCCAUCGUGCUGAUUGGCAUGGAUCGGAUGUUGCUGUGAAGAUCCUCACGGAACAAGACUUUCAUGCUGAACACUACAAAGAAUUUUUGAGGGAGGUCACAAUAAUGAAACACCUACGGCAUCCAAAUAUUGUUCUUUUCAUGGGUGCAGUCACUCGGCCCCCAAACUUAUCCAUAGUCAUAGAAUAUUUAUCAAGAGGUAGCUUGUAUAGACUUUUGCAUAAGCCUGAUGCUAGAGAGAUGUUGGAUGAGAGGCGUAGGUUGAACACGGCUUAUGAUGUGGCAAAGGGAAUGAAUUAUCUUCAUAAACGCCAUCCUCCAAUUGUUCAUCAGGAUUUAAAAUCUCCCAAUCUUCUAGUUGACAAAAAGUACACUGUAAAGGUUUGUGAUUUUGGUCUUUCCCGACUAAAGGCAAACACAUUUCUGUCAUCAAAAUCAGCCGCUGGUACUCCUGAGUGGAUGGCACCAGAAGCUCUUUGUGACGAGCCAUCAAAUGAAAAAUCAGAUGUUUACAGCUUUGGUAUAAUCUUGUGGGAGCUUGCAACGUUGCAAAGGCCAUGGAGUAAUUUAAAUCCAGUACAGGUUGUGGCAGCUGUUGGCUUUAAGGGAAAACGACUCGAAAUUCCACACGAUUUGAAUCCUCAAGUGGCUUCAAUAAUUGAGGCUUGCUGUGCCAAUGAACCCUGGAAACGUCCUUCCUUUUCCAGCAUCAUGGAAUCUUUGAGGCCAUUGAUUAAACCUCCCUUGCCUCAACCAGAUCGUGCAGACAUGGCAUUAGUUACCUGAUGGGGUGGAAGAUGGGAGUGGUUUUAUUAAUGAACAUAAUACAGCACUCUUGUUUUUUGAUGUCUGCCAGGUAAAACAAGCUCUUUGUAUGGUCUAAGUUGCGCCUAAAAUCUCAUAUUCUAGUUUACCAAUAUUCAGUGUUGCGGGUACCCUAGAGCUCCUUGAGCCAGAGACAUCAUCAGGUGAAAAGAGGAAGGCCUUGGAAUAUUAAGCAGCCAACAAUUUCGACUUGCUGUGACAUUCCAGGUCUGCAUUUCCUUUUACCUAUAAAGAUCUUGAGAAUUAGAGUGAAGUGGAAUUUUAUGUUACGAGGAACAGCCUGAACUUAGGCCUCUUCUCCUAGUAAUGCAUAUAUAGCAGCCACCUGUUGGUGGAUGUAAUACCCAAUGAAAUUGGGAUAGGGGAUGCAUGGCUGCAUGGUAGGGGAGCUAAUGUCACUAUUGUUUCAUGAUAAUAAUGGUGGUAAAUGGUAGCAAGAAUAUGAUUGCAUUUGGGUUUUUUUUGUCCAUAUUUCGUGUAUCUUUUCGAUUUUGUAUAUAUGAAUUAAUAGAGUCUGGAGCUGAGUUAUAAACUCCUAA